AUGUAUCGGUUGUACCGAAUCACGCUCAGCUGUAAGCUGCUUCACCUGCAAACAUCUCACACAGUCGCUUCGAAAUCGCGCUGGUUUCAAGUAAUUUCUUUCAAUUAA